GAGACCAAGCACACGUUCCAGAGAUUCGAUGGCGAGACGAUGUGACAAACACGUCCUAUCUGAUGUGAUCAAGGGCAGUUCAUUCAGUUCUUCGACGAGAAAAUGUCAAUUCAAGUAAAAGAGAGAGUUAAAGCCUCUGGAGCUGUUAAAGUGACGGCUAAAAAACACAGAUGGUACCUUGGAGGCUUUGCUUCGGCUAUGGCAGCCUGUUGUACACAUCCGUUGGAUCUCCUGAAGGUUCAUCUACAAACGCAGCAACAAGUUACACAGAGGCUAUCAUCCAUGGCGGUUCAUGUUGUACGGACACAGGGUGUUCUGGCACUCUAUAAUGGGCUAUCAGCUUCUCUUAUGAGACAGCUUACAUAUUCUACAACACGUUAUGGAUUAUAUGAAGUGGUAUCAGGAGAAUUAAGGAAAGGAGAUGAGCCACUACCAUUUUACCAGAAAAUUGCUAUAGGAGCAGUAUCUGGUUUCCUGGGUGGAAUCGUAGGAAAUCCUGCAGAUAUGGUCAAUGUGAGGAUGCAGAAUGAUGUUAAAACACUUGAUGUAGCACUGAGGAGAAAUUAUAAGCAUGUGUUUGAUGGUCUCUACAGAACAGCAACAGAAGAGGGUGUGUCCACAUGGAUGAGAGGUGUCACAAUGACCUCAUCCAGAGCUCUCCUUAUGACAGUGGCACAGGUUGCUUGUUAUGACCAAGCUAAGCAGUUGUUACUUGCAUCAGGAUAUUUCAAAGAUAACAUUAUUACCCACUUCACCGCAAGUUUUAUAGCGGGUACAAUAGCCACUGGCAUUACACAGCCUGUUGAUGUAAUGAAGACAAGACUUAUGGAAGCAAAACCAGGACAGUAUAAGAGUGUGGCACAUUGCAUACUGUUCACAGCAAGGCUUGGACCCAUGGGAUUUUACAAGGGAUUCAUCCCAGCUUGGGUGCGUUUAGCUCCUCACACUAUUCUAACAUGGAUCUUCCUGGAGCAACUAAGAGUGUUCUUCCCAAUAAAGCAGCGAGAGUGACUUAGUUAGCCUUACAGAGAAUAAUAAUAUAUUAAUGUCAAACCUACAGUAUUGUGUGUAAAAUUGGUCUUUUAGUCUAUUUAGGAAAAAUCAAUUCAGGUUGUGUAAAAAAUAGGUAUAAAUUAUUUAAGUGUUUUGACACGAGCUAUUAGCCAUAUAUAUAUGACGAUGUAUGGGUUAAAACUGAUUCAAAAAAUAUAAGAAUCAUUUUAUGUUGAUAUUCUUUUUGAAGGUUUCCAUAGGGACAUUCAAAUACAGUGUCUUUUAAGUACUUUACAGUGAUUGUUAAUAAUAUAGGUAUAUUCAGUUAACUGCAGACCUCUUGAAGAAUCUCGUUGUUGCAGUCUAAGUUAGAUGUAUAAAAAUAGCUUGUUAUCAUUAGACCGUCUAUGUUGUUUCAGUGUAUUACCUUUAGCUGUAACUAGCGCUUACCAUAGUAUAUAUGCAGUAGAUGUAACAUCAGACAAGAGAAGGAGUCAGAUCUUAUUUAGAUUUUAUAGUAAUUGAGAAUGUAUUUUUGGUCUGAUAAAUUGCUUUGAGUGAUGAAAACGUAGACAGUAGCUAGUCUGUAAUGGUGAUGAAGACAAACAAAUUAUUGUAGUGUUCCAAAGAGCAUUUUUUGGCGAUUGUUGCAAAGCAGUACGUAACAAGACCUCCAGAAACGGCUACCAUGGAGACUACAAACAGAAACGAAUUUAUCUGUAAUGAAAAGAAUAAAUUAUUGACUAAAACAAUUAUAUGAAAUACUAAGCAGGUAUCACGGAAAACAAUUAUGAGAAGUUUAUUAAGAUUAAGUAUCGUUAUUUUUAUUUUCUUACCGACGUAUCUAAAGACGUACCCACUUUCAUUCAGAACUUUUCAGUUUGUAAGUGAAACCACAUGGAAAUUAAUUUUAAAAACAAAAAUCAGAGAUAUCCAGCCGUUUUCAACAUCAAUAAAUAUGUCAGAAUUAAACUUAAUUCAUUUU